AUGGCGGUGUGCGUGUCCUUGCGACAGUCCUGUGCUCUCCUAAACAGGUUCACAGUUUUAGUUCUUAAUGGGAGUUGUUCCCGCAUGACAAGGGCCAUACAUAAGUCCUCUACAUCAAGACCACCGAGUGUUUGCCUCUCACCAGACAAAAAUACCAUCCUGUGCUGGCAUCCAGAGCCAGAGUUUCCUUAUGAAUAUACACAGCCACUACCCCGUGCCAAAACAGAACUAGAGGAGGGCGACUCUGUGCUGAAAGUCCAAUAUUUGCUGGAUGAAAAACUGAAAAAUAGACCAGAUGGACCAACAGUUCCAGAACUGGCGCAGCUGUUUCAUACUACACGACAGGCAUUUAGAAGAAGACAACGUCAUGAAAAGAAGAUAGAAUUGAGAAAGUACAAGCCAAAAGACAGAGAAGGAUUGUAA